AUAAAAUGCUCUGCCCUGAAGUUUGGAACCUUCCGCCGCCGAAAACAGUGACACAUCUAGACCAAAAUGUCGACUUGGACACUGCGAUGAAAACUGUAAACAUGAACGAUUUCUACGAGAGUUUGGUGAUCACCUGCCCCGACGAGCUCCACACACCGAGCUUACUUGAAGAACUCAUCACUGACGACUGUGUUUAUUACAGGUUAAGUGAUUGUCCUGUGACCGCCUUCCUUGAUAUCACUUUCGUAGAAAACUUCGUAAAGAACGGAAAACUAUACUGUUUGUCGGUCAACCGAGACUGUUUGUCACAGAACUGUGUCGCUAUCACAGGCGGGUUAUUAAAGCUUCAUGUGAUAUACAAUGUUUUCCAAACUUUAGGCUUAGAAGGGACAAAACAAGCACAUGAUUUUUAUGAAGUAAAAAUUGACCUGACCAACAGCAAAAUCCUAAAUAAGGCGAAACUGGCACUAAGUAAACUCAAGACAUUUGAUUUCAUCAUAACCUGGGAGCCUCAUAGUGAAGAUGUUUGUCCGUCAUCCAUUGCCAAAUACUUUUUUGACAAAAACCACAUCAUUACUGCUGAAUCAGCUCAACUGAAAAGAGUCUCACCAUCUAUAACUGAAAUUCCCUCACUGAAAGGCGCAGACCCUGAAGAGUUAUCAGAAUGGCUUGGAAUGCUAGCUUGCGGAGGGAACCUCACUCCAACCUAUGACUAUGUGAGCACAUACAGCCAGCCGAAGAGUGAAAAUCCAAUGCCUUCAACUAGGAUAUCACUUUUAAUUGCCAAUGGUUUUUUCACACCUUCAUUAAUCCAGAAGCUCAGCAGCCAGAUGUCGGAAUAUGCAAAUAGUCGAGAACUAGACAACUUCUGGGCCUCACUGAGUGUUCAGAGCUUUACGGAUUGUCCCUGGAGAUGGAACUACAGCAGUAAAAGCGUAUUUCAAUCUCAUGAUUCCUCUACUAGUAUAUUCUUUAGUAAAGAAGGAAAUACUGUGUACUCUAUAGGGCAAAUAAAGAUUUCAUAACUAAAACUGUC